UCGAUAUAAUCGAGAUAAUUACAUCCUAGACCUGUGAGGGGUCGUAACUUUCGGCUACGUUUCGUCACACCAACUCGAUACCCGCUUCCCUUUUCAUCCCGACUGUGACUAUCCUCGAACGUUUCUCCGUUGCCGAAUUAAGGAAUAAAGAGGCUCUAUUCUGGAAACCCCCCUAUACGGAAAGCCUUGACUAUGAAACGAAAAGAAUGCCAUUGAUCUUAUAGUUUUCUUAGAUCUGGUUUGCCUGCCGUUAAUCUGUUAGCACCGUACUGUAAGGAGUUGUAAUUGGUAACAUAAGAAAAAAACCAUCAACCUACCUAUUCUUCCCGCUUUCUCGUGUGUCAGGUCAUAGACACUCCUUUCAAUAUGGCGACCACCCUACCCCGACCGCGGCCUUCGAAUGGCCCGCCAACCGGCGCUCUUCCGGCCCUGCCCAUCGCAAAGACCCGCAAGAGCACUAGUUCCUUGUCAACUCAUAGCAAUCAUCACGGUACGCCUAAGAGUGGCCUCCGAGCACCUUCCGCCAAUUACCCCGGCCCUCCCCCGUCUCCUGCACCGACGACAGCCCUCCCGGUUCCAAAAAGCUCACAUGGGGUCAACAGCGCUGGAAAGACUAUUAGGAAAACCGUGAGCAUAAACUCGUUUCCCCAGCCGCCGAGCCGCACAAGCCUCCCAAGCCCCUUAUCUGGGGCAGUGACCCCAUCGAGAAAAUCACGGACGCCCCAGCCAACCUCUAAGAUGGCUCAUAUGGGCAGUGGAGUACCAAGUUUAUUAAAUGGUAGCGGUGAGGGCAAGUCACUUCUCGGCGGAGCCGGCGCGAGGAACUCGGACGGACUUAUUAGUAUUUCCUCUCCCCCACAAAGCCGUAGUUCUUCUGCGCAAGAUUCAUAUUCUACCUCGGCAACAACCUAUGACGAUCUAGCUGAAACAGCGGGUACUCCAACCGUUGAUAAGCGUUCUUCUAAAGGGAUGGAGGGUAAGGGCAACGUUAUCGUCAGCGUCAGGGUAAGGCCCGACGCCGGAGGUAACAACGGUAAUCCGGAAGGUGAAUGGAUGGUAGAUGGCCGCAGGUCUUUAGUAGCUUAUCGUGGCCGCGAAGGGGGCGAUUACUAUUACGAUAAUGUCUUCACGACACAUGAUGACAACAGCAGAGUCUACGACCACAUUGCCAAGCGCUUAGUUCGCCGGGUUAUGGAAGGUUACCAUGGCACUGUAUUCGCAUAUGGUAUGACAGGCACUGGAAAGACGUUUUCCAUGCAAGGAACCGCGUCGUCACCUGGUGUGAUUCCUCUUGCCAUAACGGACAUUUUCUCGUACAUUCGGGAGACUCCCUCUAGAGAGUUUCUGUUGCGUGUUAGCUACUUGGAGAUCUACAACGAGAAGAUCCACGAUCUCCUAAGCAUGGCCUCCGGCAACGGCCCCGGGAUGGGCGCGCAAGAGGAGAUCAAGUUGCGGGAGGACAGCAAGCGGGGUGUCUACGCCACUCCGCUGAAAGAGGAGAUCGUCCAAAGUCCCACACAGCUUUUACGAGUAAUUGCCCGUGGCGAUCAAGCUCGUAGAACUGCGAGCACGCAAUUCAACGCUAGGAGCUCUCGCAGUCAUGCUGUUGUGCAGAUCGUGGUUGAAAGCAGAGAACGCAUACCUGGCGGCGCAGGUGGCGACAGCAAACGACAGGCCUUACCUCCCGGUGGUGUUCGUGUCUCCACGCUGAGCUUGAUCGAUUUAGCAGGUUCAGAAAAAGCUGCGGAGUCCAAGGAGCGCCGGACAGAAGGAUCUCAUAUCAACAAGAGUUUGUUAACUCUAGGAACCGUUAUAUCCAAGCUAUCGGAACACAAAGAAAAAGACGGAAAGGGGGCGGACAAAGAUGGGAAGCACUUACCUUACCGAGAUAGCAAGCUGACUCGACUCCUGCAAGGAGCUCUGUCCGGCAACUCGCUUGUGAGUAUUUUGUGUACGAUCCAGACUGGCUCGGCUGGUAGUGCAGCCUCUGCAAAUUCGCAUGCAAACGAAACGAUAAACACCCUUAAGUUCGCUUCGAGAGCAAAGAACAGCAUUGUUAGUCAUGCCAAAAGAGCCGAAGAAGCUCUCGGCGCCGGAGGAGAAGGAGGAGCCAGAGUUCUCUUGGAACGUUACCGGAUGGAGAUUCAGGAACUCAGGAAUCAAUUGGAGACUCAGGCCAAGUCAAAUAACAACAAGGCCGAGGAAGAGGAGAAGGAUAGAGACGAAGAAGAAGAGCGUGCUCGUGAAAAAGAACAGGAGGCAAGGCAUGAGGAGCAAAUGUUGGAGAUGCAAUUAGCACGUACGGCACUGAAGGAGCGGAUCGACCAUCUGAACCGACUAAUUCUUAGCUCGAAAUCGACAGGAGUAAACACUGGCGGAACGUAUAGUGCGCUAGGAAUUCACGCCAACUCCAGGUUUUCUCAGACGUCUAUACGGACAUCCCUCACGACUUCUAACGGCAGUCGUUCAGUCCUAGAGAGAACCGCUUCCAUGAAUUCUUCAUCGUCAACAAUUGGCCGACGGUCAAUAGGGCAGCGACGGUCCAGCAUAGGGGAACAGGCGUCAAACGAGGAUGAGGAUAGUCUGGGUGAAUAUGGCGAUGGCACAGCGUCCUUGCAAGCCCAGAACCAAGCUCUACAGGCGGAUCUUGCUGAUAAGAACCGAUAUAUCGCCACGCUCGAAAAGCGUCUCCUACAAGCUCGUCGUGCUAGCUCCUCGCGAACUUCGGUUGGCCUCUCAGCCCCUAACAAGGGCAUCAUGGUUGGCGAAGAUCACAGUGUUUCUACCCUUAUGAAGGAGAAGGAUGCCGAGAUUGCGGAAUUGAGAGCAAGACUCGAUGACAAGGACAGGAUGUUAGCAGCUCUACGGAGCGCAGCUCGUUCGAGAGAUGUUGCUGAGGGUAUUGAUUUUUCGAGAGAUCAUUCUAGGAAUGAGACUAGGAACGAAACUAGGAACGAGACUAGAAACGAUACUCGCUCGUCUCUCUUGUAUGAACAAGCAGCAAGCCCGCCACCUCAAGGAGCUCUUCCCGACCCACCAAUAUCCAAAGGUCACUCGCCGAUCAAAAAGCGAACCAGAAGCGUUGAUGAGAUGAGCCGUAUCCUAGACGAGAUGAUCCAGGAUCGGGUCGAGGCGGGCGACAUUGUCAGGGGCUCCCGAGGCAGCGUUCGUGUAGUCAGCGACCGCAAACGCGAGACAUUGACCGAAACAAACAAUGGGGAUGUUGAACCGUUGCACGGAAGCGAGUCGAUGCAAGUCGUGCUGGAGGCGUAGAUACCCUCAUUGGCGAUUCAGGAGGCAGCAUCUAUCAUCUUUGCGAAUUAACGAGGGCGUUCCGGUUUGGCACUGCUUCUGCCGUUUGUUUUAUACCCGAUCCAAUUCAUCUGUUU